CCUCGGGGCCGGGCACUACUCCCGGAAGCGGAAGCGAGCGGCGGGCGCUCUCCGCUUUUUCUGGGUGAUGCCGCCGAAGCGGUGCCGAGCGGGACCCUGCAGGCGGGCGGGGCCGGUGGCAGCAGCACCAGCGCCAGCAGCGGUUUGCCCGUGAGUUGCUGCGCAGCCGCUCCCCAGGGAGAGGCCGCGGUUGUUAGCGGUGACCGUAGGGGCGCUGGGGCCGGGAGCCUCUGACUGUCCAGCAUCGCCUACGCCGGUGCGGGCCGGGGGGAUGCGGGAGGCAGCGGCCUCCCCCCGGGCAGGGACACCAGGCUCCUGCUGGCAGCCUGCCGCUCCCCGGGGCCGCUUCAGCCGGAGGAGGCCCAGGGCGAGAGCACCUGGAAGGCUCCAGUGGGAGCUGGAGUGUGACGAGUUAGGAGAGGAGAGGAGUUGCUGUUUCCAUUCCAUGGAUCCCUUGGGUGCUCCUUCCCAGUUUGUGGAUGUCGACAGUCUUCCAGGCUGGGCUGAUGCCUAUGAGGCUAAGCAGCUGGACUCUCAUCAAAAUCCUGUUGAAAAAGCUCAAGCUGAUGUUAGGUCACCUUUUCCAUACAGAAAAGACAUCAAUGCAAAAAUUAUCUUAUGGAAAGGAGAUGUAGCAUUACUGAACUGCACAGCCAUAGUGAAUACCAGUAAUGAAUCUCUCACUGAUAAGAAUCCAGUAUCUGAAAGUGUAUUACUGCAUGCUGGGCCUGACCUGAGGGAUGAACUCCAGAAGCUCAAAGGGUGCAGGACAGGCGAGGUUAAACUCACCAAAGGAUUUAAUUUGGCUGCACGUUUCAUCAUUCACACAGUGGGACCCAAAUACAAAAGUCGGUAUCGCACAGCAGCCGAGAGUUCUCUCUACAGCUGCUACCGCAAUGUUCUGCAGCUUGCAAAGGAACAGGCAAUGUGCUCUGUAGGUUUUUGUGUCAUUAACUCUCUGAAAAGAUGCUACCCCUUGGAGGAUGCAACCCACAUAGCACUGCGCACAGUUAGAAGGUUCCUGGAGAUUCACGGAGAGACUCUGGAGAAGGUGGUGUUUGCAGUCUCAGAGCUUGAAGAGGCUACUUACCAGAAGUUGCUGCCCCUGUAUUUUCCACGAUCGUUGGAAGAAGAGAUACAAUCCUUGCCUUACCUCCCUGCAGAUAUUGGCAAUGCAGAAGGGGAGCCCGUUGUACCGGAGAGGCAGAUCAGGAUUACUGAAAAGCCAGGUGUUCCUGAUGAUGCUUCAGAUGAAGAGGGUCUGGAGGCAGAUUUGUCUUUCAUUGGUUCCCAUGCUUUUGCCCGCAUGGAGGGAGAUGUUGAUAAACAGAGACGCCUCAUCCUUCAGGGACAGUUGUCAGAGGCAGCACUGCAAAAACAGCACCAGAGGAAUUAUAAUCGCUGGCUGUGUCAGGCAAGAGCUGAAGAUCUCUCUGAUAUUGCUUCUCUUAAAGCCUUGUACCAGACAGGUGUAGAUAACUGUGGUCGCACAGUGAUGGUGGUGGUUGGAAGGAAUAUUCCUGUAACAUUAAUAGACAUGGAAAAGGCUCUUCUGUAUUUCAUCCACGUCAUGGAUCAUAUUGCAGUGAAGGAGUAUGUGCUGGUGUACUUCCAUACACUCACAAAUGAUUUCAAUCAACUAGAUUCUAAUUUCUUGAAGAAACUCUAUGAUAUUGUUGAUGCCAAAUACAAGAGGAAUUUGAAGGCACUGUAUUUUGUCCACCCAACAUUUCGUUCAAAGGUCUCGGCAUGGUUUUUCACAACCUUUACAGUCUCAGGGCUCAAGGACAAAAUCCACUAUGUGGAAAGCCUCCAGCAGUUAUUCACAGCCAUACCCCCAGAACAGAUCGAUCUUCCCCCUUUCGUCCUCGAGUACGAUGCCAGGGAAAAUGGGCCUUACUAUUCUUCUUAUCCUCCAUCCCCUGACUUGUGAUCUUCAGUCUUGCGAUGCUGCUGGUUUCUCACAAAUCCAAUGACCUGAUGCCUGCCAAAACCUGUGCAUUUGCCCAUGUACAGAAUUCAGAGAGAGGGUUUUCCUCCCCCAGCUCUGGUAUUUUUUUACUGAUGAGAUAUUUUCAAGCACUCAAGCAAUCAGAGAACUUUAUGCCACUGUGAACUGUACAACUAUUUCAAAUAUAUUUAUCCAAUCAAAAAGUUGAUUUCAAGAUCACUAGGUGCAUUUUAUUUUGGGUUGGUUUGUUUUUGUUUUUGUUUUUUUUUAAGCUGUUACAUUUUUUCCUGAACUUUCUUUUUUUCUGGGAAAUCCAUCAAAAGCACUAGAUCAUGUUUGUAACAAUUAUAAUUUUCCAGCUCUGUUUGUAAUACCCAUUAAUACCCAUUUCUGACUGGUCUGUACAAAUACUGUGCAGUACCAGCCUGACACGUUGCUUUAUUAUGUGGUCUGUGUUUCACAUCUGAUUACUUCCCUUUCUGUUAGUGUUGAUCACUUUGGUCUUGACCCAGCAAAAGUGUCUGGAAUUGGGAAUGCCAUGUCUGCAGGCUGAAAAAAGCACUACAGCCAAGCCAAGAUUAAUUCAAGACUUAGUACCAUAAAUGCUAGGUGAGCUAGGAGCCUUGAUAAAGCCCCUGUCAGUUAUCAUUGGAUGAUGUGACAUGUCAGGAUGUCCUCCCAGUAAGAAUAAAAUUGAAAAGCAUUUGCAGUUUCUUUUCUCUAACU